AUGGCACCGUCCGCAGUGUCAACAUCAAAUUCGGAGCCGCCACUCAGAUGGGGAAUCCUGGCCACAGGUUGGAUAUCCGACAAAUUCGUCCGCGAUCUCCUUCUUGCUCGAAAGUCAGCCAAGGCAUCUCAUCAGCUCAUCUGUGUGGGUUCCUCCUCGACUGAGAAAGCCGGCGCCUUUGUCGACAAGAUAUGGUCGGAGAUCGGCAGUUCUGCGACCAAACCCACAGCCCUGGGUGACUAUGAGUCGGUCUUCUCGCAUCCGGAGGUAGACAUCGUCUAUAUUGGGACACCACAUGCAUUGCACAGGCAGAACAGCCUCGACGCCAUUGCCGCCGGCAAACAUGUUCUUUGCGAGAAACCAUUCACCAUCAACGAGAGGGAGGCGCAAGAAGUCUUCGCAGCAGCCAAAGCCAGGGGUGUUUUUGUGAUGGAAGGCGUGUGGACUCGUUUCCUUCCGAUCAUGGCUUCGCUGAGAAAGAUGUUGUAUGAGGAGGAGGUGAUUGGCCACGUUCACCGAUUGUUCUGUGACUUUGGACUAUUCAUGCCUCUGAGCUCACUGCCGGCGGAUAGCCGACUCAAAGAUCCAAACCUGGGGGCGGGAGCUUUAUUGGACAUCGGUAUCUAUCCGCUGACUCUGGCAUCAAUGAUCCUCGGCGAGUUUCGAGUUGGUGACGACCAUCCGCCGUUUGAAGUAGUCAGCUCUCUGGCCGUUGAAUCCGCCAUUGACUAUCAAGACGCGGUCAUUCUCAAAUACCUCGACACCAACCGGAUGGCAAUCUGCACAUCCAGCCUUCUUCACAAGACGUCCAAUGACUUUUGCAGGAUUGAAGGAUCCGAGGGGCAUAUCACUCUCUUCGGACCUGCCGCGAGUGUACCGACUGGCCUGAGGGUCAAGACAAAGUCGACUGACGCAGAAAAAGUUGUCGAAUUUGACCGGGAGGGAGGUAUGGGGCUCUUCUAUGAAGCAGAUGCUAUUGCUCUUGACAUCAAAGGAGGCAGAAAAGGAAAUGAUACGAUGCCUUGGGCAGAGACAUUGCGGAUGAUGCGCCUCCUGGAUGGCAUCAGGCAAGCCGGGGGUGUACGGUAUCCCCAUGACGAGUAA